UGGCUGCCAUGACUGUCAUUUUUAAUCCAAAAAAACAAGACUUGGAAUAAAAUUACCUGAACAACUAGGCAUUUCUAAAUGUCUUGGACCAAUUUGUUUAUUGAACAAUCUCCAAGGCUGGGAAUAUUCUCUCUCCUAGUCACUGUUUUUAAUCAGCCUAGCAUUUAUUUCUAUCUAUCAAGCCUGCAUUUUUUCCAGUUGUGUUUUCUGGUGGCAGAGUAAAAGGAGGCAAAAGAGUUAUUAGCUCUACGGAAGCUGCCUAUCAGAGGAAGGAGAAGAUGUCUAAGAAAAUUGUGUUGAAAGUGAACAUAGACUGUGAGAAAUGCAAGAGGAAGGUCAUGAAGACUGUUGCAGGAAUGGAAGGCGUUGACUCUGUUCAAGUGGAUUCCAAGGAUGGAAAAAUCACAGUCAUAGGAGAUGCAGAUCCAGUUUCCAUCAUCAACAAGCUCAGGAAAUUUGGGAGAUCAGAUCUACUGAGUGUUGGGCCUGCAAAAGAACCAGAGAAAAAACCGGCAGAGAAGAAGGAUGAAAAGAAGGAUGACAAGAAAGAUGACAAGAAGGAUGAGAAGAAAAAGGAUGAGAAGAAGGAUGAAAAGAAGGAUGAUAAGAAAAAGGAUGAGAAGCCAAAUCCAGUGCCAAAUAUAACAUAUGUUUAUCUUCCUGGACACUCUGAGCCUUAUCGUGGGUAUAGUACUUAUUUCAGUGAAGAGAAUCCCAAUUCCUGCUGCAUUUCUUGAAGCCAAUUAUGAUCAGAAGGGUAUUUUUAGUUUUGAUUUUUGUAUUGACUUGUACAAAAGGUGUAGCAGCUUAAUGAGAUUAAAACAUAUUGUACUGUUUUAUUCGCUGAUUCUGUGCUGUAAUGCAACUCUUCUGCACGGUGGAGAUUUCAAUAAUGGGUUAGGCUUGAGAAUUUGAGAUUAGGGUAAAUAAGAGGCAAAUCAAGUUAGGGUAUUUGGUGGAUUCUCUGUAAAUUUUCAUGGCAGGCCCUGGGAAGGGUUGCAGAAGAUCGGUUUUAAUGAAAAAAAUUUUGUUCUUGUGUUGCA